AUGUCACAAAGGAUUGGGAGUGGCAAAUCGGUCAAGGUGGGUGAUUCGGGUUCAACAAGCGUAAACAAUUCAGGGCUCGUACGGUGCUUGCAUAAAAAUCCUUGUGUCGUUCAAACCUCCGGAACUGAUCUGAAUUCAGGUCGAAAAUUCUACGGCUGUCCUUAUUGGAAGGAUCCGAAGAAGAACUGCGAUUAUUUUAGGAGGGUGGAAACUAAUGGUGAUGAAUUUGAGGGGCAGGACACUGAAGUGGAGGUUACAAUUCUUAAGCUGGAAGAAAGUAUAAAGCGAGCAUAG